AUGAGUUGGAGAACUGGCAAUGUUCCAGACUGCUUGCCUGGUGAUGCCGAACGGCGACGGACAGCCGGCGCAGACAACUUCAAUAGGCAGGGAGACAGAGAAAGGCUCUCCCACCAAGACUAUACUGUUGGUUGGAUUUGCGCACUUGAUAUCGAAAUGACUGCCGCCAAGGUUAUGCUGGACGACAUCCACGAGGCUCUGCCUACCAGUCGAGAGGAUACAAACACAUAUACCCUUGGCAACAUGGGCAUCCAUAACAUAGUUAUCGCAUGCCUUCCAUUGGGUCGCUAUGGCCUAACUAAUGCCGCGACAGUAGCGAAUAACAUGAUGCGGACCUUCACCUCGAUACGCUUCGGUCUCAUGGUCGGCGUCGGUGGCGGAGUCCCUGGUAAGGUCGAUGUGCGACUCGGUGAUGUCGUGGUUAGUAAAGAGGUGGUACAGUAUGACUUUGGGAAAAGGACUGGAGAUGGCGAGUUCCGCCCAUUUGGAAAUUUGAAUAAACCUCCACAUGUUUUAACGACCGCAGUCGCCAAGCUUCAAGCGGACCACAGAACUGAACCCAGCAGAAUCCCUUCAAUCCUCGCCGCCAUGCUGGAACGAUACCCUGGGAUGGUCAGCUCUACCCGCUCCAGUACCCUUCAAGACCAGUUAUUUGACGCCUCAUACGACCAUAUUGAGGCUUCCGGUCAAGCUAUGAGCCCGAAGGUUGAUAGUUGUGAGCACUGUGACGUAUCUCGACUGGUACAACGGCCCGCUCGAAGUAGCAAUGGCCCCAGGAUACACUAUGGGAUUGUGGCCUCAGCGAACCAGGUUAUUAAGCAUUCCCUUACAAGAGAUCAGCUUGCAAAAGAGCUUGAUGCCAUUUGCUUUGAGAUGGAGGCGGCAGGACUGAUGGAUAGCUUCCCCUGUCUAGUUAUCCGUGGUAUCUGCGAUUAUGCAGAUUCUCAUAAGAACAAGCAAUGGCAACCGUAUGCAGCAAUGACUGCUGCAGCAUAUGCAAAGGAGCUUCUUUCUGUCAUCCCUACGGAUAAACACUACAAGACAUAUAGACCUACCUCAUCAGUAGGUGUAGAUCCGGUCUUGCAGGAACGUCGGAAGGCACUACUCGAAUCACUAGAGUUCAGGGAAAUUCAUUCUCGUCGCUUAGGCGUAGAGGUCGCCCAUGAGGAAACAUGUAAAUGGUUGCUUGAAGAGCCGGUCUAUCAACAUUGGCUUGAUAGAUCAAAACUUACUCAACACCACGGGUUUCUGUGGAUCAAGGGGAAUCCAGGUGUCGGAAAAUCAACAAUCAUGAAGUUUGCAUAUUCUCAAGCGAUGAAGACGAUGGGGAAUGCAAUUGUCAUUUCAUUCUUCUUCAAUGCGAGAGGGGACGACCUGGAAAAGUCGAUUGGAGGGAUGUACAGAUCUCUGCUAUGGGAGCUCUUGAGCAAGGCUUCUGGACUUCAAAAGGUUCUUGAUGAUGCAGACUUGGUUCCAUUGAGCCGCGACGAUCGGCCUAUAUGGUAUUCAGAGAUUCUUCGGUCACUUCUAUCUCUUGCGAUAGCCAGCCUUGGCCGGCAACGCCUGCUCUGCUUUGUCGAUGCACUUGACGAAUGCGAUCGGAGAGAUGUUUAUGGCAUGAUUGAGCAUUUUCAGGCUAUAGGGGAAGACUCCGUGUCAAGAGGUUCCGAGGUAUACAUAUGCUUUUCCAGUCGCAACUAUCCUUUCAUGGACAUAGGAAAUGGUCAGGAGCUGAUUUUGGAACAUCACCCUGGCCAUGAACACGACCUUGAAGCCUACAUACGCAGCAAGCUCAAAGUAAAAAAGCAUAGAAAGGCGGAUGCGGAUGAACUGAGGAAUGAUAUUCGCGUUAAGGCAAACGGGGUAUUUCUAUGGGUCAAGUUGGUUGUCCAGAUGCUGAAUGAGGACUUUGGAUAUGCGAAUAGUCUUGCUAUUCAGAGAAAGACUCUUGAGGAAAUCCCACCCGAACUAAGUGACCUGAUCAGAGAUAUACUGAGGAGGGACAACAAGCGGCCAGAGAACCUACUCCUGUCCAUUGAGUGGAUUCUCUUUUCCACGCGACCGUUAAAGUGGGAAGAACUCUACUUUGCCCUUAUCUCCGGGCUGCAUCCUGAUACACUCAGCAGAUGGAACCGACGUAACACUACCAUCCAAGACAUGAAGCAAUUCAUCCUGAGUUCAUCCAAAGGUUUGGCGGAGAUCACAAAGCCCAAUGCCCAGACGGUUCAGUUUGUUCACGAGUCUGUGCGAGACUUUUUAUUGAAGGACGAUGGUUUAAGGCACCUGAGAAGAGAUUUACACCUGGAGACGGAAGAUACCCACUCUUCAGCUCACGAUCGACUGAAAGCCUGUUGUCAUACCUAUAUUCAAGUCGACAUCUCAAGAUAUAUAAACCUUGCUACCCCAAUACCAGACUUGAAAAAAGAUGCGGCUCUUCAUUUACGAAAGACCCUAUUACGUUAUUUCCCGUUCAUGAAGUACGCAACUCACUGCGUUCUCCACCAUGGAGAAGAGGCUGGGAGCAAGAUUCCACAGGAUGACUUUCUUAAAGGUUUUUCUAUCAAGGCUUGGGUCGUUCUUGACAACAUCCUGAGGGACGUUGGCGCCAUUCGAGCGGACCCUUGGAAUAAGAGACCUUGCCAUACCUCAAACGCAAGUCUUAUCUAUAUCCUUGCAAAGGAUGAUUUCACAAAUCUCAUGGCGGCAGCAUUUCGCCUCGGGUUUGCAAGUAACAUACACAAAGAACGACUUGAAAACCCGCUGUUUGCGGCCCUGGCUAAUGGUCAUCGCGGCGCGGUCAAAACGCUCCUGCAACAGGAAAUGAGUGCUUCUCAAGCGGAAGAAAUCUGUGCCCGCCUUGGAUACGGAAAGUACUUUAGCGUGAGUAAAGGUCAUACGCCACUACAUUGGGCAAUCCAGCAGGGCGACGUACCGCUCGCCACCAUCCUACUUGCAUCCAAAGAAAUUAUACCGGUUGUUUCAAGUAGCGACGAACGGACACCUCUAUCAUUGGCCGCAGAGAAUGGUUAUGAAAGCAUUGUGAGACUGUUAUUAGCGAUUGAAACCGUGCAACUUGACCCGAGGGAUUACAUGGGCCGGACACCGUUAGCGCUAGCCGCUAUUGAAGGCUAUGUGGAUAUUGUGAAACUGCUCCUCUCAACAGGUAAUGUCAAUGUCAAUUCGAAGGAUUACUCUGGUUGUACGCCGCUACUUGGCGUGCUGAUGAGAUUGGCUCACGCACAGAAGUCAAGCAGCAAGGCAGAAUUUUCUAGUAAAUUAACUAUAGCGAAGGUAUUGCUCGAGAAUGGGGCCGAUAUACACGCCAAAGACAAUUAUGGUCGGACGCCACUAUUAUAUGCAAAAGAUAACAAACUUACAGGUAUUAUUUAA